UCAUUGCGAGCGUGGAGGGGCGUUCACGGCCCCAACUGACAGACUGCGGCUGGUACCGGCAGGGCGUGGGGGGAAGCGGGCUUUGGGGGUGGUGGGGGUGGAUGCGUCCGACCGCCGCUCGCGACACCUCUCCGACCGGUAAAGCGGGGACUUUCCCGAGCCCGCCGUCCCGACCGGCACCCCCUCCCCCAUGGCCGCCCUCGCGCCUCCACUUUUGCUCGACGUGGAUUUUGAUGGAUUUGCACGCAAGUGAUUUUGGAGAUGGCAGCAAGCUCAUCGGAGCCGCUUUGUCUGCCGUGCGUCUACCCCGACGCGUUUAAAGUGCGCGCUUAGUGGAGCUGCAGGUGAAGAGAACCGUGACGCCGCUCCAGCUGAGUCCGGAACAGGUGGCCGUGGAGAUGCUUUGCCUCUGUGGGCAGCUGGACCUCCUCAUCAGGGCGCAGAUGCAGGAGUUCCAGGAGCAGUUGCGACAAGGCUGCAGUCCGGAGGAGUCCGACACCUUCCAGGCUCACGGAUCGAAGAUUCUGGAGCAGAUGCUGCAGUGCCUCGAACAUCUACCGAAGCCAAAGCCGCAGCUGGAGGACUACCUGGACGCGGUGGGGCUGUCGGCCAUGUUUCCGCGCGUGGAGGUGUUCGUCAUUCAAGGCAGCCCGGCGGACAUGCUGGAGAGGCCGCCGAUGGACGGCUACUUUGCGCACAUCGCCAAAGUGAAUCAGCUGCUGGUGCUGAGUCAGCAGCUGGAGGAGGACGUCAGGCACUUGGGAAGCCACAAAUACGUCGCCCACCAACUCUCCGUCAUUUACCAAGUCGUCAGCUCCUUCCGAGGCGUGGACGUCUUCUCCGAGACCAAGAAGGACAUCGAGGCCAACUUCAAGCGCAUGAAAGAAUCUCUUGUGCCGGACGAAGGUUCCAGGCAACAAGCUCAGCUGCCGGCCGCUUACGUCCGCUGGAUUCUGGACGUCACGCGCAAGCUGACGUCGGCGGCGUUGUCGCUACCGGACGAGCUGACCGACGACCUGGAGCAGGCCGUGACCUUCGUGUCGCAGUUUGUGAGCGCCGCCCCGCCCGCUGGGAGGCAUCCUUGAACUGAAAGUUGAAAAAAACAAAACAAUUGACAUGGUGCUACGCCAUUUGACUGGGCGGUGGGAUCCUAAAAUCCAUUUCAUAUUUGCAACGGUCCCCUCACCAACGCUUUUUAUACCGGGAAUAAUAAAUUGAAUUGAAAGGUG